UUUAGGCUAGUUAAAAAAUUGUAUGUGCGACUAACGGACCGUUCAGAUCAGAGUUCGGUACAGACGCCAAAACAUGGAUAGCUCUUCAUUGAACUAGGCAGUACGAACGAGAUCACGUCCGUUGCACCUUGCUGUCUUUUCUGCACUUUGCAAUUCGUCAUGUCUGGUUUCUAUGACAACUGUACCACGUCACUUCAAGAUUUUCAGGCCGAUCAAGAUUCAUUGUUGCAUCCUCCCCUGGAAAAGCAUGAAGCGGCCCUGUUGAUGUUGCUUGGGUUUGGGGGCUUGUCCGUCACCCUCGCACUCAUACAAUCUGCCCUCAGACGGCAUGUGUACCACGACCAACACAACCUUGACACCGCCUUCGACGCCGGAGGCAAGGUCACUCUCAGUCUCACCGCCGUUACUGUGACGUCACAGAUGUUGUGGCCAGCAGACUUCCUCCAAAGUGCCACUGUUGCCAUCAAGACUGGAUUGGGUGGAUCACUGUUCUUCUCCAUUGGAAUCGUCCUCGACAUCCUCCUCUUCCCCAUGUUGUCUAUACAUCUCAAGACUCGGGCCCCCGGGGCCAAAACAUUCCUUCAGAUUAUCUACUCUAGAUUUGGAAAGGUUGCUCACAUCUACUUCUGUUGUGUGGCACUGUUGGCGAAUCUCGUAACCAUGACUUCACUGGUGUUGGCGGGAAAGGCUAGUCUGCACGUGCUGGUAAAGGACUCCUCAGACGAGUUCGUCAUUCUCAUUCUAGCUGUCUUGUUUGGAUCAUAUUGUCUGAUCGGGGGACUUGGGACAACCUUCUACAUCUCGUACUUUAACACGGCCUUGACCUUCGUCACUUUGCUGGUAUUUGUGGUUAUGGUCAGCUACACUGACAAAGGGCCAAAUCAGGACUACGCCACGAACGAAGCGAUGUAUGAGGCAAUGACAUGUAUUGCUGGACCGGAUGGUAACCAUGAAAAUUCCCUCAUGACCUUCAGAUCAAGGUCAGGAAUUAUUUAUGGUAUUAUGCUGUUUUUCAUGGCUACGUCGCUAAGUUUUUGUGACCAGGCCAACUGGCAGAGUAGGAUAGCGGCAAAGCCAGCUCAAGGAGUCCUUGGAUUCUUUAUAGCAGCCUACGUUUGGUUCGCCAUUCCAACAACCAUAGCAUUGACGUCAGCGAUGACGUAUAUGUCUUUGGGUUAUCAAAACGGCACACAUUUGCUUACUGCAAGUGACAUAGAUUCCGGAUACAUAACUCCAUUCGUGAUGGAAACCUUGAUGGGAACUCAAGGGGGAUACCUACUCAUCACCAUGGUAACUAUGGCACUUAUGUCAACCGGAUCUGGGGAGGUGAUGGCGGUAUCUUCCAUCAUCGUCUAUGACAUAUACCGUACCCACGUCAACCCAUACAGGAAGUCCUCCUCGCCGACAAGUUGCUUGCUGUGUGGCAAAGAGAAAGUAUCGGCAAAGGAUUCAGCAAAAACGGAAUUAUGUGUUUGUAAACCGUUCGAGGACUGCCGUGACUGUAAAGAGGAUGUAAAAAUACGCAUGAGCGGAAGUAAGAACUUUGGUGUCCAAUAUGGUUGUGUUAAGCAUGGACUGUACCGUCAUUAUGAGGACCUGUUGAUCCACUACAAGAGCUGGUGUAUAGUCUGGGUUACCAUUGGUGUUGUUCCUUACGGUCUCCUGGUUAUGGCUUCCGGUGUAAACUUGAACUGGGCCGUAUUUACAUUACAGGCCCUCCUUAGUCCAUUCCUGAUACCCCUUCUUCUCACUAUUGCUUGGUCUAAGAGUACAGCUCCUGGGGUUAUUGCAGGGAGUGCCAGUGGGCUCAUAGCAGCAAUCACAGGGAUCCUGGUGGUGGGAGAAACAGCCCAUAAGGAUGGCCUGAGAAACUUCAUGGUGAAUACCUCGACUGAAUACAGCCUUCUGGCCGGUAUUGGAGCAGGUGUCAUCACCAGCUCGGUGGUCACAAUAGUCAUUUCUUUAUGUACGAACAAUAUCCGAUCUACAGAGGAUGCAGGGAAAGAAUGGGAAAAGACCCUUUCAAUUGAUAACCCGCUGAACCCAUGGAGAAAUCUCUAUAAAGAAGAACUUUCAAAGAUUCCUCAUGAUACGAAAAUAACAGGGAAAAACAUGGCCGCCAUAUUUCGCCCUGCCAAAUGGGUAGCUUACAUAGGAGGCGGUAUCAGCGUUUUGUUUUUCCUGGUUGUCUUUCCAGCAGUAAUGUUGAGUUUUGAAGUUUUGACGUACGAGCAGUUUUCAGGCUGGCUCACAGCCUGUCAGGUGUGGUGCAUGGUCGGAGCUGCUUUCGCGAUCAUUGCGCCACCUGCCGAGGAAAUUAUACAAGUAUGGCGUCAACACAGAAAAAAUGAUACCGAAAAGGUCAAAAAUGCUUACGAAAACACAGCGUAUGACGAACAUUUGUGACUUGUUUUUAUUUGUUUCAAAUCUUAUAAAUCUUUGAUUCAAUUCAGAUUCCCACAAUAUAAGUAUAAGAUAACAAAAUACAGUGAUCAAAUGAAGGAGAAUCACACUAUAUUAGAGGGACUAAAUUCACUGCGAAUACCAAUAUGUGGUGUAACUCUAAAAUUGCACUGAGUAUUAUAUUGGAGAAACUGGUCCCUUUAUCAAGACACAAGUAAAUCAGAAACAUCCAUUUACAGACAUAGAACAUAGAACAGUUAUAUAAGUUUAGUAGAUAAACAACGAACAAUAUCGUUAUGUUUGUGCAAAUGAUCCUUUUGGUCGAUAAGUCGUUGGCCGAAGGCCUUUUGUUAUUAAUUAGAAAACAUCGUAGGUGGUGUUUAGUUGGAUGUUAAUAAGUAUAUAUGUAUACUGAUGGAUAUUUAUAGAUAUAUAUGUAUACUGAUGGAUAUUUAUAGAUAUAUAUACUGAUUUGUAAGAUUAUGUUGUUCGAAAUGCAAGCCACAAGACAAAACACACACACACAAUCAGUGUAUCAUUAUUCAAGGAUGUAAUUUUCAAUUAUUAACAAACAGAGUCGUCGAGCUAUAGCACGUCUACGCUUAAAAUGGAGAUGUCUAUUGAUUAACUUGAGCUUCUACAUACAAUCCACGUGGUCGAGCAUUGCCGUGGGACCACCGCUGUCUGUUGAAUGGCAUUGUCCACUGCACCAUAAGUUCAUUCUAGAAACCCGCAUAUCUGUACACUUACCCGAUACGUUUCUCACAUAUCUUUACAUUGCACAGACCAUGUAUUUAAAUUUCCAUACAUGCAUUGACUUCUUUGCAUUCCUAUUCUACUACAUUUCUCACAUACAUUAACAUUUCCCAGACAACGAUUUUACAUUCCCCUGAUCCUCAGAUAUAUCCUUCACGUACAUUUUCAUUCCCCGGAAAAAGCCUUAACGUUUACAUUCCCAUAUAUAUUUCUCACAUACCUUUACAUCCCCCACAUACAUUUCUCACACAUCUUUACAUUCCACAGAUACAAUUCUCACAUACCUUUACAUACAUUUCACAUAUAUCUUUACAUGUCCAGACAAUGUAUAUAUAUUCCCCCGAAUACUAUCCCACACAUAUUUACAUUCUUCACGCCAUACCUUUCAUUUCCCAAAACCCUUUCUCAUAUAUGUUGACUUGCCCCCACACACCAUUUCCAUUUAUUCACAUAUUCCGCAUAUAAUGUAAUCAUCAACUCAGCGUCCCCUCUGUGUGAUUUGGUUUAUUAAGAUAAUGUAAACAAAAUAAGCGUUUUAUUACAUGAUCAUAUGUCAGGAUACUACUUACUAUACAUUGUGUACUAUUGAGGUUGACAGGUCAUUUAUACACGUGUAGUGCACGUGCUGUCACCCGGGCCAAAACUGGUCUGGCAAGUGUAGGGGACCAUGGGUGUCUCGGUCAACUCAGUAAGGUGUGGAACUAAAGCUAAGCAUGUUCUUUCAAUGUAUUUUACGGUGUCCAAGGUGGGAUGGGGUAGUGACAGGCAGAACUUUGACUGAGGAGGUGUUUAGAGGUUCAUCUCGACAAUGAAUGAGCUGGGUGCUAAUGAUGUUUUUUGUGCCCUUCGGAGCUGUGGUAUAUAGGAAGCGUUUCCUGUUUUUGUGCCCUUCGGAGCUGUGGUAUAUAGGAAGCGUUUCCUGUUUUUGUGCCCUUCGGAGCUGUGGUAUAUAGGAAGCGUUUCCUGUUUUUGUGCCCUUCGGAGCUGUGGUAUAUAGGAAGCGUUUCCUGUUUUUGUGCCCUUCGGAGCUGUGGUAUAUAGGAAGCGUUUCCUGUUUUUGUGCCCUUCGGAGCUGUGGUAUAUAGGAAGCGUGUCCUGUUUUUGUGCCCUUCGGAGCUGUGGUAUAUAGGAAGCGUUUCCUGUUUUUGUGCCCUUCGGAGCUGUGGUAUAUAGGAAGCGUUUCCUGUUUUUGUGCCCUUCGGAGCUGUGGUAUAUAGGAAGCGUGUCCUGUUUUUGUGCCAUUCGAAGCUGUGGUAUAUAGGAAGCGUGUCCUGUUUUUGUGAAGGACUGUGUCCGGUUGCAGCUAUCUGGGAGUCGAUGUGAGUGUUGCCAAAUAUGUAUUUACUUGUUGAUAGGAGAAUGAAACUCAUAUUCACUGGAAAUCAUUGUUAAUGUACUUUUUAUGAUAGUUUCCACUUAAUGUAUGUAGUACAUAUUACAUAAGUACAGGACAACACACGUGCAGGUAGGAUAAUAAUGUAUCUUUCAUGAAUCGAGAAUACUGCACACCCUUGAACACCGACAAAAUAUUGAUAUAUUUUAAUGAAAACGACAAAUUUCACUUUUGCCAACAUUUUCCUAUUUAUUGAUCCACUAUUAACGUCGAUGAAUAACUAAUUUUGUGCGAAAACGUUACUGUGCAUGUUUUCUGAAUAACUUUAGCAUCUGACAGUAUCGGCCAUUAGGCCCGGCCAUGACCAUUAAAGGGUCGACAACCGUUAAAAAUACUGAAGGCAUGUAAAAUGUUGUACUAGGUAUCAUAGCUAGAUUAGGGACUAUAUGUCAUUGGUUAUGCCUUGUAGGUAACCUCUUUAUGUCCUUUAUCUACAUUUGCUCCGCAUUUUCCCAUUGACACAAUGCUAAGAGGCAGUUGCCACCAUACGCCUAUAAUACCCAGUGCCUCAGGCUACAUGUAUAACACCCAGUUGGUCAUGUGACAUUAAAAAUGGUGAGACUUUUUUGUUGGUUCAUUUUUUUCCAAAGUUGACGAAAAGGGUAACACAAUGUGAAUACAAGUAUUGAACAGUGGUUUUAAUGUUGUUAUAGUCGAUAUGGCAGCAAGAUGUAUGGUGGGCAAAUGGCAUGGGAACCCUAACGGGUUCUCUAUCGGGUUCCCAUGCCAUUCGCCCACCAUGCAUACAUCUUGCUGCCAUAUCGACUUUAACAACAUUAAAACCACCGUUCGUUGCUUUAAUAUCAGACACCUGAAACGUUUUCUACAUCAUGGAGAAGUCUUGAGUAACCACGGGAACCACGCGCACAUAUGAAUUAUAACACUUUUGGAGCAUGGCGGAAAACAUGUGCAUAGACUUGAUUAAAACUUGUAUCUGUGUAGAACGAAAUGUCCUUUUAUGUAGGGUGAAGUAUUUGUAAACCUGGGGCCUAUUUAUCCGGUUUGGAAAAAUCACCAACUGUUUUGUUGGUUUUGUUUUGUUUUGUUUUGUUUUAUCAAAAAUAGCCAAAAUCACUCUAAAGUUAACUUUCUUAAAAUUUUCGUCGAAGUAGCAUUUAUUUAAUCAUGACACAUCAUACAAGUGCAAAAAUGAAUAUUAUUUACACCUCGUAAAGUACCAAAAAUGUAUACAAUAUUUCCAGUAGACUAACAUCAAGUUUCUAGGUAGACAACACUUUCAGUAAACAUAUUUAUGCAAAAUAUUAUUUACCUAUGUAAAUUAAAUCGCCAGUAUAUAAUAUAUUUCAAAAUAAACUGUUUAAUCACUAGUUUUAGUAACAAAUCCAUUCUCCAAUUGGCCUAUAAUAAGCGAAUUUGCGUAUUAUACGCAAGUUGGCGGUUUUCCCCAAACUGUAUAUAGUUAGGUGUGUGCGAAAGAGUGCUGUGACUGUGUUUGCGCAAUUGUUUUGUAUACAGCUGUAUAUCUUGCUUGGUUGUAAAUAAAUAUACAACCUGGCGGUGCUGGUUACGCCUCGUGACAUCAUAUACUGAACUAAAUCAUAAUUGCAAUUAGUUUAGUUUUGUAUUUUUAGUUUAUUUCAGUUGUUUAAUAACAUAUAUACCACGCCUCGUGAAACCAUAUACGGAAUUAAAUAAUAAUUGAAAUUA